AUGGUUAAAAUUGGACUACAAAUUAAAGCAACUUUAGAAAAUAUAACUAAUUUUCGAAUUGAAUCGUGCAAUGAUUUUAUAUGGUAUUUAAAAUUACAAUGUACUCAUUGUAAGGAAACAUCAGAUAUGUAUCAUGAUAUAAAUAUUCAACAGUCAUCCGCAAUUAGUGGAAGUCGUGGUGAGGCACAUUUUAUUAUGAAAUGCAAAUUUUGUUCGUAUGAAAACAGUUUGAAUGUUGAUGUAAUACAACCAUCUGUACAAUACACAGCAGAUGAUUCUGAUCGACAUAUAUUCAAAACAAUUGUUGUAUUUGAUUGUCGUGGUAUCGAACCCAUUGAUUGGCAGCCUGGCGAUGGAUGGACAUGUGAAGGAAUUGAAUCUGAGACAAAAUUUAAAAAUAUAGAUUUAAGUGAAAAUAAAGAAUGGACAGAUUAUGAUGAAAAAUCCAAACAACCUGUUAGCAUCAAUGACAUUGAACAUAAAUUUAUUAAAGUUAGGUAG